GACAAGGUCUCCCACAAAUUCACAGACGCUGCUUGGACCCAGGCAGAAGUGACUUAAUAAGGUAAUUCAUCUGAUGUCUUCCCGUCUUCUCUGGACCUCUGAACCGUCAUUUAUUCUUCCCUUUCGGCCUUUCCAGUUAUUCUAUACUUACCGAUAGACUUACCGCCCUUGUUCCCGUCUCCACCAACCUACACAGCUAUUUGAAGGAAGGCACGCUGCCUCCCGUCCCAUAUUACGCUUCCAUACUAUGGCGAUCGGUGCCGUCCUCGAGCCGCUCGUGGUAGUAACCUUGCUAGUCGUCGGCACCAUCGUCAACCGGAACAGAAACUGGGCUAGUCAGUACCAACCUCUCGCCGCCAAUCGGCCGGAGCCUUGGCAGCACCUUCGAUACAACUCGGACGAGAACGACAAGGAUGUUGAGGCUGGCACAAUAAGAAAAGGAAACGAACCUUCCCCUGUGGCCUCAAGAUUGAGCAGGUCCAGUAGCUGCUCAAGCAACACUCUGGCAGAAGACAACUCAAACACGACUGCCUCGAGAUGGCGGAAACGAAGAGUGCGGUUCAUGCACUGGGAGAACGAAAUGAUGACUCCAAACACCGAGAUCUUCAAGGAUCGUUUCCUCAGCCGACUUCUCCAACGUUACCCCUUUCUUGUUGAAGUGUGGUAUUGGGCCCUGAUUUACUGGGUCUACCAGCUCGGACGCGCCUUUACGGCCGUGAGGCUGCAAACAUCAACAGUCAACACCGCCCGUAAACAUGCGCUCCAGAUCAUCCACGCCGAGCAGCGCCUCGGUAUCUUCAUUGAGCCUGUCGUGCAGCGUUGGUUUCUCGAAAGCCCUGCCCUGAUGCGAUGGACGAAUAAGACCUACUCGUUUAUCCACAUACCGGGUACUAUCCUUUACCUGAUCAUCCUCUACCACGUCACGACCGCGAGACCAAAAGAAAAAUUCCAAGACGAGCAUGGCGGCAAAUCUGUGCUUCACAACUGGAGGGAGCUCGCCCUGCCGUUUGGGCCAGCCAUUUACGAGCGAAGGAGACGAACCAUGGCCAUGUGCAAUCUCCUGGCCUUCAUCGUGUUUACCUUUUGGCCGUGCAUGCCCCCGAGGCUGCUGAGUGAUCCGACUUACACAGGCGAGUAUGCAAAGCAGGCCAAGAGCUUCGGUUUCGUCGACACGGUCCAUGGGGCGGACGGUGACAGCAGUGUCUGGACUACGAACCGAUUCUGCAACCAGUAUGCGGCCAUGCCAUCACUACAUUUCGGCUACUCCUUUCUCAUCGGCUUGACCAUCGCCACGGUCCCGCUGGGAAGACGUGGCCGCUUCGGCUGGAGACGCCUUGCCAUCGUUUGCGUCGGCAUGAUCUACCCUGCCAUCAUUCUCACCGCCAUCGUUGCGACGGCGAACCAUUUCGUCCUCGACGCGGUUGCCGGCGCGUGUGCUUGCAUUCUAGCGUGGAACUUCAACAACUUCCUGCUGAACCUGCUCCCACUCGAGGAUUAUUUCUUGGCAUUGGUGAGGAUACAUAAGCCUUGAAUGAGGUUAGGGGUAUGCGAGGUCGGAUUGCGCCAUGGACAAUGGCUGUUUGUGGAGUGUGAAGGGGUUCAUGAUCAUGGAAAUAGGGCUCUGCAUGCUUGUGGACAGGGAGGUUAAGGGACAAGACUCUGAACCCAGGAUAACGUAUGGGAAAUGGUUACCUAUUAAUUACGCACAUGGUCCCGGGAUGACUCGGUUCAGCAACUUUAAUUUAUCAC